AUGAAAUACCUUGCCCGAUACACAUCAAUCCCGGUACCGGAUGUUCUGGGAUCAGGUACAUGCGGGGCGGGCCCUUACAUUGUCAUGAGUUUUGUCGAAGGCGAGCCCCUUGCGGAAUUUCUCAAGGACUGGCACCAGGAAGGACGGCCAGUUCUGAACCCUCGGCUCAGUGACCGCGUCUUGAAGAGAGCGUACAGGGAAAUGGCUAAACUUAUCCUCGAACUAUCGAAGCCGGAGGUUCAAUAUAUUGGAGCACUUUGGCAAAGCGAGGCAAAUUUUUCUGUCACCAGUAGACCUUUGACUUGCAACAUGAACGAGCUGGCCACAAGCGCAAACCUUCCCCCUCAAGCAUUCCCAACCCAAGUCUUUGAAUCAGCGCCCGAUUUCUUCACAUCACUCGCGAACCAGUAUAUUUCCCAACUCCAGCUCCAGCGUAAUGAUUCCAUCACUGAUCAAGACGACUGCACAAAGAAAUACGUGGCCAGAUGCCUAUUUCGCAACAUAGCACAGGGCAUCUCCACGGAGCAUCGCAACAGCCCCUUCCGGUUGCAUUGCGACGACUUCCGACCCUCCAAUGUUCUAAUCGAUCUGCAAAAUCUCAACGUCACGGGUGUUGUUGAUUGGGAAUUUACUUAUGCAGCCCCCGCCGAAUUCACAUGCAUUGCACCUUGGUGGGUUUUGCUUCAAAGCCCGGAAGACUGGGAGUCAGACCUUCGCGCGUUCUUGGAACGUUUCAUGCCGCGCUUUCGUGUUUUUAUCGAAGCUCUCCGCGAACGCGAGGAAGAGAGCUCAAAUGAAGGAGAUGAUGCGGCAGCAGUCCAGCAACGUUUAUCUACGCGUAUGGAGUGGUCGCUUGAGACUGGGCUGUUCUGGGUUUGUCUUGCGGCCAAAUAUAGCUCCAUGUUCGACGAGAUUUACUGGACAUUCAUCGACGAGAUAUACCACGGACCUUUUACGGCGAUCGAAGACAGGCUUGGACUAUUGACCAAGGACGAGAGACACAGUCUCGAUGAACUGGUGCGGAUCAAGUUGGGACAUAUUGUCGAAGGGCCUCUAGACACUUAUUAUACUGUGGAUGACCUGAUGGAUCUCUGA